AUGGCAUCCACCAGUUCUCGCGGGAACACGCCCGCUGCUGGGCAUCCGACGCUGCCGACCGGAGACGAGCGAAAAGCGUCCGGACCCGAACUUCGGGACAUGACAGGGCUCCGCAGGCGCCAAGCUACUGUUUACGAUGCCGUUGCCGGCCGAGUAUCGACCCUUCGGGACGUCGCCUGGAAUACGCGGACGGACGAAAUGCCGGUACGUGAACUGAGCGCAGCGAGGCACUCGACGAAAAACACCACUCUCUCACCUGAGGAGGUGCUUUUCCGUCGCAAGGAAGCUCCCGAUCGAUGGCCGCACUACGAUAUCUAUAUGGCUCAUGAGCACGACCUACCCGAGGCCGGACGGGGAAUACUACCUUCCAGCGACCUACUGAAGGCCGUCCAUUCGUAUACAAGCCACUUCUACGAUGCCCUAGGCGACCACGGCAAGCGCGAGUCGCACUACGUUGGUCGUCGAAAUAUAAACGAAGCGAGUAUGGAUGAAACAGCACUUCUGGCUCUUGGGAUUUUGCUAGAAGAGGCGGGCAAAGAGGUCCUGGGGAGAAGAGGGGACCUAGUCUUCACGGAAGGAGAGGAAGUGUUCGCGAAGGGAGAAGAGCCAGAGCCGGAAGAACACCUGCGCGCCGAUUCUCCCCGUCAGCCUCAUGGCUCUCUCAACCAAGAGCUCAGCAUUCGUAUUUCAGAUAGACGCAAGCGACGAAGACUCUCGGGGGCCCCGUCGACAAUGUAG